AUGGCUAGAGGAGUUAGAGUUUGUUUGAGUGUAGCUGCAGUUUCUGUCAUCGUUGUCUCCAUCGUGAUUGUAACCUUGAUUUUCACCGUUUUCAAACCCAAAGAUCCUAUUGUCACACUCCAUCUCUCACAUGUCGAUUUCCUUUCACCAACUUUACCCUUAAAUAUGACUUUAGGCAUGAUGAUGACAAUUGCAAACCGAAACUUUGGAAGCUUCAAAUAUGAAAGUUCAAUUGGUUAUAUAAGAUAUCGUGACGUUACGGUAGGAAGUGUUCCAAUUGAGGCAGCGUUAGUCCCAGCACGAAGUGAAAUUAAUGUGACAACUAAUGCACAUUUUAUGGUUGGAGUAUUGUUACAUAAUCCAAAUUUUUGGACGGAUGUUGUUCCUGGGAUGAAAUUUAAUUUGACUUCAACGGCUGAACUUCCUGGUAAAGCGAUUAUUUUGAAAUUUAUCAAAGUAAAGGCUAAAGCUUACAACAAUUGUCAAAUCUCUGUUAACAUGACUUCUAGUGAUGUUCAGAGUUAUUGCAUUUCGAAACUCAAGUUUACUUAG